GUAUACUCCGCCUCCUCUGGUCGGACCUUCGUCAGUUAGUUCCAAGGGCUAGGACAUUGUAACCCUGAGGUACUCCGGGUUCACUAUUCAUUGUUUAAAUCGUUUCAAAUAUAGCGAUGCUCAUUUGGUUAAACUUACUAAUCUUUAUUGGAGUUUUCGACAUUACUGUAGGAAAAAUACCCAGCUUUAUUCAUGUGUGCAGUAGAAAUCACCCUCGAAUCGACCAGUGUAUUAUUGAAUCGAUAGAAGAUUUGAAACCACGUCUUGCCAAAGGAAUUCCCGAGUUAAACGUCCCUUCGCUGGAACCUCUGCACCUCCCAGAAAUAGCCAUAUCCAAAGGAGUAAACUUUAGAGCUUCUGGUACAGACCUGAUCGUGAAAGGAGCAUCCAAGUUUAAAAUCACCAAGUUCAAGGCUGAUAUAGAAAACAUAAACUACCACAUAGGUCUUCAUAUUCCUCAGCUGAAAUACGUAGCCAACUAUGACGUAAAUAUGAAAUUGCUGAGUUUAAUUUUAAAGGGGAGAGGCCCAAUGCAAGCUAACACAACCGAUGUGGAAGCUGUAGCGUUACUGAAAGGUCAUAAAGAACAGAGACAUGGCAAAACCUACGUGAAAUUCGACUCGUUGGAUCUGAAGCUGAAGUGGAAGAGAUACCAUGUCAAACUUGAGAACCUCUUCAACGGAGAUAAAACUCUAGGUGAGGCUGUGAACCAUGCCCUCAACGAGAACCAGAGUGAAAUCUUCGACACCAUAAGGCCAUUGGCCGAAGAAGUCGUCUCGGGUGUACUCUUGGAAAUAGCCAAUAAAAUAACGAAGAAAUUUACGUUUGAAGAAUUGUUUCCUUUAAAAUAAUAAGCAAUGUAGUAAAGAAUAUAAUGUUAUAUAUAACGUAAUUUAAAUGGCUGUAUUAUAUUUUAAUAAAUUUCUUUAUAAAUUCAUAA